AUGGCAAAGACAGCAAAGGUCAAGAAGCGCCCGGUGAGCAUUCACUCCCGCACCGCCCGUCGCGCCGUCUCCCCCUCCCUCAACCUCGACAAAGCCGCCCAAAAACCCGCCCACACAACCCGCGACUCCGCCUCGCCAUCGCGGCCCUCCAAAGUAAACCCCCACGCCCUCGCCGCAAAAGAUGCCGGCAUCCAGAAGAAGCGUAAGAAAGGCACAAACAUGACCCGCGCACAACGGUUACGCUACGAAAAGGGCCUCGACCGUGCGGAGGAAAACAUGGAGAAGCUCGAGAAGAAGCGGAUGAAGAGUGUGGGCAAAGAACAGAAGAUCAAGGAUAGGGCCAAGCAAUGGGAGGACGUCAAUGGCGAUGGCACGAAGAAGACGAAGAAGCAAGUUGCGCUUGAGCAGUUGGAGGCGGAGGAGAAGCGGAAGGAGAGGGAGUGGGUUAGUGAUGAGGAUAUGGACGAGGAAGGUGCUGAGGUCAAAGAUGGCGAGGUCAAGGGCGACGGCAAGGAGGUAGAUGUGGAGAUUGCGCAGAGCGCUCCGGCGCCUGUGGAAGAAGACGAGAUGCUUUGA